CAGUUUGUCGUUUUCAAUUUGCUUUACACUUUGGUGCAGUUCAUCUUCGGCACCGGCAGGCGUCUAUGGGCGUCACAUGCGUCACCGGAAGUGAAACCUUUUCCUCGACUUAGAAACAGACAGCAUCACCACAAGGCAUCCGUGAGACAAAAGCAUUUAGCCGACGGGAGUAAAUAAUUUUACAGCUCAUGCGCUAUGAAACCGCAGCUGUUUGGUACCAAAACGCAUCCGUGCGUAACGGACGCAGCGUCUUUUCAGGAAGAGCUGGUCGCCGCGAUCCACGGCGCAUUUGAAGUGGCCGUGGAGGUCGCAGUUCGGGAGGUGAAGCAGCUAGUAGGUCAGGCAACGAGCGACAUGUACGAGGAGCUGCGUCGAGAGAACGCGUCCCUGAAACAAAGGCUGCAGAGAGCCGAGGCGCUGCUGGACUCUGUGCGCACGGAGAUGACAUGUGGCAGCUCUCCUCAUGCAAACCAGCUCUGUAAUGGCACAAAGAGCACAGACCAGCAGCUCCACCCUAACUGUAGGAGCCCGAACCCUGCAGUGAACAGCUGUACGGAGGUCAGAGGUGACUCUCCUCUUCCUGCAGGUCACAGCGGCGCACAUCAGCCUGUGAACUCCAGACAUAAACGCAGGAGCAGAAAUGAACAGACGUCAAGCAGAGAUGUGACAAGUCAGUGUGUCGAUGAUGCAGCUUCAGAUGCAGAGAGAGAACGAAAUGACGGAUAUUCAGAAGAGGUCACUGAGGACAUUUCCCACGUUUGUGCAGUGAAGCUAGAAAGCAUGAAUCCAACAUGUGAAGAACCAGGAGUUCAUAACUGCGACUCACCACCGCUUCCCAGCAUUAACAAGUCCACAUUGGAGCAGGUUACUAUCAAGCAGGAAAACGCAGAAGACGACAGGAAUGGUUCAUCUUGCUGCUUGGACUCUAUUAAAGUGGAGGAUUUUAGUUUGGAGUGUUUGUCUGCAGUCCAGUCCAAAAUGUUGGAGGAGUGGAAUCCAGAAGUCCUGGAUAUCCCAGACCCAAACGCUCAGCUGUCCACCGCUGGACUGGAACAUGCUCACCCUCCAAACCUGAUCACCAGCCUCAGUCCACCCACAGAUCUUCCAUCCCUAUCUUCAGAGUUCCCAAACAUCCUCCAGCUGGCAGAACCAGCUCCCGUAUCAGAAGCUCCUCCACAGGUUUAUGGAAUCCACAUCCGGACCGGCUGCAGCCUCAGCCACGCUGCCCCUGCCCUCUAUACCUGUAAGUCCUGCGGUCAGACCUUCCACCUGCCCAGCUUGCUACGGCGGCACUAUGGCCAGUGCCAGGAGAGGCUACAACAGCGCUGUCCGCAACCUGUGACAGGAAGCAAGAGGACCAGACUGCAGCUUUACCCGCCGGGCUGCAGCCCUUUCCGCUGCCCAGAGUGUAACCGAGAGUUCAACCGCAUGGAGAAUCUCAAGACCCACCUUCGCAUCCAUACCGGCGAGAGGCCGUAUACCUGCUCGGUCUGCUCCAAGUGCUUCCGGCACUCGGGGGCGUUAACCAGACACUUCCGGAUCCACACUGGAGAGAAGCCUUACAUCUGCGGACAGUGUGGGAAGUCUUUCAGAAACUGUGGUGGGCUCAAAUUCCACCAGCGUUCUCACAGCAAGCAGCUACAGUAGAGUGGGACUUUAUUCAAGGUGUAAACAGCUGACUUAUGCAAUGCACAGUAUGUUUAUAUUUGAUAUUUUUCUAUUACAAAUCAUUUAGGAGGGUUUUACAGUCUGUGCAUGUGAAACUGUUGAAUUGAAUAGUGUGAGCAGACAUCUGAUUAUUUUACCAGAUAUACAGACACGGGAUAGCUUCAGGAAUCCCGUGUAAAAAAUGAGCAAUGCACAAAACAGCAUUCCCAAGGACAAGGACACAUUACAAAUUUCUGACAUGGAUCAUCAUAUUGGGCUAAAACAUGCAGGAUAGUGGCCCUCCAGGAACGGAGUUUGACACCCCUGUUCUAUUGAUUUAUAAUGACUACCCCCAAAAAGGCAGCAUGUCAACCAAUCACAGGAACUGUGAAGUGUAUCACAUUGAGGCAACAGCUGUCAAAAAUUAAGAGUUUUUUUGGUUUGAAUAAAUUUACAUUGAAAACAAAUACAAAUGUGACAUGUUUUUUUUAAAAUUACAUUUUAUCAAUUAUAGGUCCAGCAUAGGUAAAUAUGUAAUUGUUGUUCCAACACUCAUCAUCUCUACAACAGAAUGAAUUCAUGAAACAACCAAGUACGGCCUAUAUUGGUCCAAUCAAGAGUGGAGUCAUUGACCAGAAAUCACAAGUCGGUAAUGAGCCACACGUCUGGGAUCCAGAUAAUAAAUGAGGAUGCUGAUGCUGAUUGUGAAAUGUCCUCAAGGACUCGGUGUUGCCAGACACAUCAAUCCAGAGACUGCCUAUUGGACCAUGCUCUCUGAAAGUAUUUCUCUAAUGACAAAUGGUGGAGUUGUAGACAUUUCAGUGCCUGGCUACAGCCCUAACUGACAUGCCAGCACCCUGUUCUGGUGUCUCUCUGUUAUCUGUAGCUUUGUGUCAUUCAAAUAAAGCUGCAGUUUAGUCGGCCUCCAAUAGUGACUGGUCAAAGGAGUGUCUGUGUGCUGUUAAUGCUGUAUGGUCAUUGUGCUUUAAAGCCAUGUCUGAUGAGUAUGCGGAUAAACUCAGUGAUCAAGAACUGAAAACAACUUUUUGUGCACAAAUGGCUAAAUUUAACCAUUUCCUAACCACAACAAUAGAAAGGAGACUAUUAACUUUCUGUCAGACACUUUUUACAUGCUGCAUUUAUGCUUCGUUCAGUGUAAUUAGCUUCAUGUUAGCAGAAAUGGUUCAAAUGCAGAGGCUGUGUGAUCACAGAACUAUUUUGUGUGGGACUUCUCAGUUGUAAUGAAAUGAAAUAUGUAUUGAGCCUUCUAUUAUAACUCCAAGUGCAAUUUUUUCAUACAUGUUUCAUGAUUGUUAUUAAAGUACAUCACUGGCUGGGCCAGUUUGCAUUUAUUCAGUCAUGUUUUGUAAUUAUUUGUUUGUGUGCUUUCUAAAUAUGAAUCAUAUUGUGACUUUACUAUGAAAAAUAAUGCAAUGGGAUUAAUAAAUGGAUUACAAAAUGAA